GAUGAAACAAUUCAGUAUGAUGGGCCAGUAGGUGAAUGCCACAGGAGCAAAUGUCUAAAAUACACCAGUAGGUCUCCCUAUAUAAAUAAACAAAGGACAUAAAUAAGUGAAUUUAGGUUUACUGACAGUCCUAGUACGUUAGAUACUCAAUUUUCCAUAUUUUAUUUCUUGAAUUUUCAUCCACCCCUUUUAUAAUUUACACUGUGUUUAAUGAAUUCAUAGUUAUAGUUGUCAUUACAACCCUAUGUACAACAAUAUAGAAAAUAUAAAAGGCAUACUUCGAUAUGAACAGUACACAUACUGUAGGAUAUUUGGUUGAGUGUCUUUUGGGUCUGGGGCUCAGGUUCUUCUGAGUUUGCAAAGGAAGUAGAGGCGCUGUCUGGCCUUCUUGGCCAAUGAUGCAGUGUUGUGGCUCCAGGAGAGGUCCUUGGUGAUGUGCACACCUGGGAACCUGCUGCUGCUCACCUGCUCCACAGCAGCACUGUUAAUCUUCAAAGGGGUGUGCUUGUUGGACUUCUUCUGCACAGGUGUGACUGUGAAGCAGGUGGGGACGGUGGUCUGGUCCAGCGAAAUGUCAAAAAAGCAUGUUGCUCAGCAUAAUCUCUCAUCACACAGCCAGACAAGAUGCAGCAAUAGCCUAGACACCAUAUCUAUUUUGUCAAGGCUUGUGUGCUUUGUGAUCUGACUGAGAGAUUUUCUCAGGCUGGCUCAGGACACAGUCAGGGCCUUGUCUGUGGGGAAGGAUAUGGUUGCCUGUGUUGGGAUGAUGUUGGCUGCUUCAAAGCGUCCAAAGAAGUCAUUCGGCUAGUUCGAAGUGGAGUAGAAUUGGUAAUAUUACAGGUCUGUGGUCAGUGUCCUGAUGUAUCUCUGAUGUAACCUCUAGAAACACCAGUAGACCAGCUCUGAGACAGAAGCAUGAAAAGCUAUGCCGAUUUACUAAUCAUUAUAAGCUUUGAAGUGCGGAGAUGCUGAUGAAGGAGAAAUGUGAUCUCUCUUCUUGAGUCCAGUCAGACUCAAGCAGCAUUUUAAAAAGUCACUGGAUAAACUAUGAGUAAGAGUUGCAGUGGACCUUCCUGGAGGGAACUAAUAAUGGAGUCAUGGUUCAGCAUCACUCUGACAACAGAGGCUCCUGGUUUUAGUGAUAUUGUGAUAUUUGUCAGAUGGAAGUAGGAGGUUCUAGAGGUUUAAUAUAGAUGUAAAGGAGAGAUGUUGAUCAAAGAUGACACCAGGGUUUCUCUGCAGAACCUGCAGCUACAUUAUAUUUCAGCUAUGUUACUGAAUUAGAGGGUUCCUCUAGAUGACAUAGUAACAUUUUGCCUGAAAUUAGUCUGCCUUAAACAAGUUUAAAGUUUGACUAGUUGCUUUGUUUAAUACAUAAAUAUAACAGGGUGUCAUCUGUUAGAUAUUAGAAUGUAUGUGAGUGUUUCCUAAUACUCACCUGUGUGCACCUUUCUGUUCAUAUGUUCUUGCAUACUUGUGAUUUGUCAUCAGCCCAAGCUCUAGGCCUGUUCCAGUUUAAAGUGGACGUACAGCCAAGUACAAAUGCAUACAUUUCUACUUGAACAUACCAAAAUAUUCCUGUUCCCCUGUUUUAUCCAGGGCCAUCACUAUUUUCAGCUUCUACAGCCAUCCCUUCACUCUCGACCUUAGGAAAAAACUCUAUUGUCAUUGCGAUAUCGUACAACAAGAUUAAGGUGCAAGACAACCUGUGCAAUAUAUAAUCAUAACUUUAAAAAUGUAUAUAAAAUUACAUCAAGUGAACAGAGAGCCUAGCACAUUGGACCAACUUAAAUGAAGCAGACACACAGGUAUUCUGGAGCCUUCCUAUGACUUUAUGGGUCAGGUUUACACACACUCAGCACGGUAGAAGUGCAUUUCCUCCUUUUUUUUUUUUUUACAUUUACACUUUAUCCAUCGGAGACUGACACCCUCCUGUUCUGAAACGGUCCCUCACGUUUCGUCACAGGAAGGGACUCCUCUCUGUACAUCCUGAGCCACCACCCCGAGGAUGAUACAGAAACAAAAAUGGACUUCCGCCAUUUUCCCCUUUUCACUCACCAUGAACAGACGAACAUGGCAGUGCCCAAGUCUUUCCAUAGAAAGUGUUCAGUUCUUGGGUGUUUCAACCAGCAUAAAAGUGUAUUCACUUUACCAAGGGAUCAACUAACACCAAAGCCCAAGGGAUCAACAAAUGAGGACUUUUUGGGUUACUCUUAUUUUAAACUGACCAGCGCUGCCAACACUACCACAUUUGUAUGUUUUUGGACAUCAUUUUACCUUGGACUGCUUUGAGAAUGAGGGUGCUACAAUGCUGGGUUUGCUUCAUGGCUCUGAUUAAGGAAAGGAUCUGGUUCUACAAUUUGUCAUCCACUCGCUGCAGUAAGUACGUUCUCCAUAUUUAUGAUGUCUUAAUAUGUCACACAUGUGUGAGGCAAGCUAAUAGCUAGCCGACCGAGUUAUUGUCCACUUGAAAUGUGCUGCUCUCAGUUGCUGCAAUCACACACCUGUGGUGGGAACAGCUAAUAGCUCUCGACCUUUGAGGGUACAGGCAGGGAGCAAUUGAUCGAGCUUUUGUCCUGUUGAAAUGUGCUGCCCCUCUAUUUGUGUGUUGCAUUAGCCCAAAGCCCUUUGCCCGAUAGAGCUACAGCUGGUUGAGCACUACAAUAAGAAAAUGCAGAUGACCGCGGUCUGUCUAUUAUUACCCCGUCCUGUGUCACAGCCUAAAUCGACAUGUGAUUUGGGGUUAUGUCAUUGUUCUGUCAAAUUCUAAAAUGUAUGGUAAAUGUGUUGUGUUGCUAAUUAGUCACGUCUCUACAUUAACUGCUGCUUAUCUGGUCAGUUACCUAUAGCUUGUGUACCAUAGCCAUUAUAUUUGUAGGACCAAUACAAUUUACAGUAAAUGUAACAUUGUCUCUUACAUAAAUACAUACACAUACUAUACAUGCCAGUUACCCACAUGUUAGAAGGUUGUCAAACAGAGAAAUCACUGCAGACUGUUGGUACACAGACAUCUGCUGCUCAGCUCAGAUAUAAAGGUAUGUACAUUUACCAACAGUAAGAUAAUUUCCUAGGCAAUAGAAGAUUUUAAUUUUAAUUGGUUUAGACUGUUUAGAUUUUAUAUUUGAAUUGUUACAACUAUGUUUAUCUCUUGUUUUAGCACAGGCAGGCCUGUCCUCUUGUUUGUUUUUUUGGUCUGGUAUUGUGUAUUGUUACAUUAGAGAAGGUUGUGACCUACAUAAUACUGAACAUUUCACUAAUGUACAAUUCUAAUUGCAGUACCUUUUUUGAUGAAGUGAUCGUGAGGACAGCCACAGCUUCCAUCUGUCCAUGGAGCAAGUCCAAAAUUCAUUUAUCCAUGGCAACAACAGAAAGCAGGACAUCUCCAUGGUGUCGGCUGAUAUGGGUCUGGUCAGCAUGGUCCGCCAGGGCAUACUGGCCCUUCAGCUCUUGCCUCCUAAUUCAAGUGCAGGCAUUAUUAUCAUCACAGACGGAGUGACUAGUGUUCCUGAUGUGGCUGUAUGUGAAACCCUACUAAACCAGCUCAGGAGCGGAACCAUUGCCUGCUCUUUUGUACAGGUUGGUGGGGCGUACUCAUACGACUGCAGCUUUGGAUACAUCCCCAACGUAGAGCUGAUGAAGUUCCUGUCAUUAGCCACCUUUGGUUCAUACCUUCCCAGCUGUCCUGAGGUGGACCUGCAUAGCCAGGAGAUGAAUGCCUAUCACAAGGCCUUCCUAACCUACUCUUUCCUCAAGACACCUGAGUCAAUGAACUUAGAGUACUUCUGUGUGUCUCAGCACAGACUGUUUAACGAGCACCUGGUCUCUGCCAGUGGAAACCCAGCCCUAAUCAUGAGGCGGAAGAAGCACACAGAGAAGGAGGUUCAUGCGCAUUUAGUCAGUGUUGUGUCUGUGAGACUGAGAGAGGGCUACACAAUUCGAGAGAUCAAUCUAAGCAAAGGUGGGUCUCAGUUGGAGGUGAAGCUGGUACUGCUAUGGAAGCAUAAUAUGCACAUCGAAUACCUUGCGGUUGCCUCCUGGCCGCUGGACCCGACCAAGAGAAUCACAAAGGUGGAGGUGACGAUGGAGGGAAGCUAUGACAUCCUGCAUGAUAUCAGCUGCACGCAGCGGAAGCCCAUCACCAGCCCUUUCCGCACCUCAGUCAUCCGCCGUUUCUGGAACACAUUACAGAGCAUCAAUCAGACUGAUCAGAUGCUGGUGCACCUUAAGUCAUUUAAUUCAGUGCCAGAGAACUACAUGAUUCCAGAGAGCACCAAAAACGGAGUUCCUUUGUUCUACAUCCCUCCUGGCUCCACUACUCCUGUCCUUUCCUUGCAGCACAGUGGAUCCAAAGACUCUUCUCAGUCCCAGUUUGCUUUGUACUGGAAACCUAUCCUUUCCAUGGAUGCUAAUUUCUGGCAGAGAUGGCUACACAUGCAUCGCAUCACUAUCCUCCUUGAACAUGACACACCUGUCCCCAAACAUCUGCAUACAGCAGGGAACAAUGGACGCUACAGCACCAUCCAGUGUCGUAUUUCCCAUUCUGCCCUCACAUCACUGCUAAGGGACUGGAGCAGCUUUGUGCUGGUAGAGGGUUACUCAUAUGUAAAACUGAUAUACAGUUCGUCUGACCAGCCACCCACCUCCUUUUACUUGGUCCGCGUCAUCUCCAAGACGCCGUGCAUGGUGCUACGUCUGGGCUUCCCGAUUGGUACACCAGCUCACGUUAGAAACCAGAUAGUGGAUGAACUGCGUGAGCAGAUCCUCAAACUUCGGUUCCCUCAACGUGUUCAGAACAAAGAAGCAACCCCAAAAAUCAAAAGGAAGAUUAUUGGCUAUGCGUCUCCAACCAAAUCUCCCUCCAUCCCUGCUCCCAAACCUGUGCUGUCGGACAGGCCGUGUGUAGUGGUGCUCAACAAACCUCUGGAGAAGCUGCUCAUAAGGUAUGAGAAGCUGCCAUUGGACUUUAUGGCACCCUUCAUUUUCAAUAUGGAAAACUUUCUGCAGCCCUCCAACAACACUGUCCCCAUAAGCAUGGCAGCAAACCGGACAGCCUCCUCCACCCUGGCAUCUCUGUCUCGCUACUUCCUGCACCAGCGCUGGGUUUGGGCUGUGCAGAGCAGUCAGGGGCCCGCUAUGGCCAUGCAGGCUGUCGGCCACAUACUGUCUAUUCUGUCUGACAUUCGUGUUUCUGAAGGCUUUCACUUUGCUGCCAGUGGGGAGGGCAUUGUAAAUAUGGUGAUUGAGCUGCCAAUGAAGGGAAUGUCAGGAGACAUGGACUGUCACUGUUGCAUUGUUCAGUACAUCCUUUUUCCUCCUCAGGCUACCUCAACUAAGGACAGCUUCUCUACUGACGAUGACAAUGAUACCGAGGUGGAGGCUGUAGAUGGGGACACAGAGCUGAACCUUGUGACAGAGUGCUGGGUAGAACCGCAGUGUGGGACAGUGAUGAAAUUCAAGGAACAGCAUCGCCACUUCCAGGGCCUCAAGUACCAGGAGAUUCCCCAAGCAAUCUUCCCCAGGGAUUUGACCUGUAUGUCUACCAUAAUGACCUUUGAAUAUCUCAGCCAACUGUGUCAGAAUAAGGAUCAGACCUGCUCACUACCAGCUGGCCUCAAGGACGUGGGAGAGGACGCGCCUGUCUCUGAAGGCACCAUUCACAUGGUUCCUUUCCAGUUUGAUCUCAUUCAGCUGCUCCCAAAAUGCCAACAGGUUGAACUCUUCUUCCUCACAUUUAGUACAGAUUUUGAGAUGGAGGAGCAGUUCCACAGCUGCCACUGUUUGCCCAAUGAACUCCUACUCAGCCUUUUUCACACCAGCCUGGAGCACGAGCUCACUGACAGAGAGAUACCAUUAGCUGACAAUGACCAUGAUGCCUUUAUGCACCACAUCUUGGAGCGAGAGCGAGACGGUCAUGUGGCACCUUUCUCUUUGCCUGUCAUUAAAGAGGGAUGUAUGAAGGCUUCAGACAGACAAGACACUGUGAUGUCAUUUCACACAACUGACAGCAUCAAGGAGGUGAUGGGAUCUACCAGCACUUUACAGAGUUUCAGUAAUGCAGAGCUGGUGGAUGAAGAGCCAUCACUGCAGGUCAGGAGCUGCUCCACACCACAGUGGAAGUGCUAUGCUAAAUACAUCAACUCCCAGCAUAUCCUCCUGACCUUCGUCCCAGCCUCCUUCACAGAUGUCCUUAUGUUGAUGACGUCAGGGUUGGAGCCUCAGAGUAACAACAGCACACAGGAGGAAGACACUCUGACUGCCAGUAAUAAAUCACAGGCUGACUCGAUGUCUGGUUCCACGAGUGGCCUAGAGAGGCCAGAGUCUGGUCUCAGUCUGGCUGACAAAGUGCAUAGGAGCUCCAGCGGUGGACAGAUCCCGCCCAAGUCCCCUGUACUCUCACCUCGGUUAGAGGCCCAGCGUGUGCCUGCUGACUCAGUGUUGCAGGAUCAGGACAGCUGGGACAGCAUGGUAUCAGAGACUGGGACCCUAGGCUCAGAUGUAGGAGUCCAGUUCUCUCAACCACAGAAGGCUGAUCUCCACAUCACCUUCAGCAGGCAGCUUUCUCAGCAGAGCACCAGUGAUAGCAGCCAGUUAAAGUGUCCCGUCUAUGUCUACAACUGUUCUCUGGAGCAACUCAAGGAGCAGCUGGUGCACGCCAACUCCACCUGUCAGCCCAGGGACAUCUUCUUCAGGACGCUUUCUCAGGACCGCAGCAGUAUGUCACCAUGGGCCGACCUCUUUGCUCAGAGUCACAAACACAAGGAGCUGGCCAACUACUGCAGCCUGCUACAAGAGCAUUACCACCAGAGCUAUGUCAGAGGGGUGUUUCGCAGCCUACAGCAGUCCUACAGCAUCAGCUCUCAGGAUGUCCUGAUCGCCACAGACUACUGUGAGGAAUCCCUGCAAGAGAUUGAUAUUACCUCAUUCCUUCAGGUCCUUUGUGGACACAUCAGGGUGUUCAGGGAGAGUUGUGAGGCUCCAAAAUCUUCAAGAGGCCCAGCCACAUUCAUCAUUGGUGAGGUGGAGAAGGAACGACCAGAGAACAGAGCUGCUGUGGCCUCCUUGUCUAGUAGUGAAAUGGAAGAUGGCCUUGAAGCAGGCUCUGUAGAACUACCAUGUUCGUCUACACCUUCCCUGAAUCUGCAUGAACCAAAUGCUGCCAAAAUCCCAGAUUUUCCCCUGACUUUGCUCCAGACCCAACCCAAGUGUGAGCUGUACCCGGAUCUGCACAAUAUAAUACAGGGAAAAUUCAUGCAAAUCGUGUCUCAGUAUUUUAAAAUGGUGCCCUCAAAUCCACACUAUUUCUUCUACUGCCCAUCAUCAUCUAAGAAAUGGGAUGACUCGGAAGAUGAUGAGGCAGAAAGACGACCCAGUGAGGAUCUGGUGUCAGAAGCUGAGCCUGCUUUAGAAGAUGAAAAUGUGUUGGGCUGCUGCAGCACGACAGAGAGCGACACUGAUCUGGUUGUGGAGUAUGAGGAUCAUCCCAGCACAAGCUCUCCUGGAGAGGGCGAAGGACAGUCUCUGUCAGACUCCAACACUGUUAAUCAGGACGAGGACUCCUUCAGCAUCCUGGAAGGAGACUCCCUGCUGGAGCCCGAGGCUCCACAGCUGGACUUGCCUCCUUUGUUUGUUCAUGUGACAUGUUCUGUGAAUAUGAAAAGCUGCCAUGGUUCCAUGCCCAUACGCACACUGCCUACCUGCCUUGGUGAGAUUCUGUCCUGUCUGGAAGAUACAGAGGCCCUACAGGCUGUGGACUUAAAUGACCUCUCAGUCACAUUAGAUAUUUUUGUCCUGACACUACCUCUGGAGAUUGAAUUUAUGUCUGAUUUCCAUCACAACAGGUACACCUCUGAGAGCAGUGUAUCACUGAAUCGUUCACCAGGACAGCCCUCAUCCUAUCGCUCUGAUGAAGAGUUGAUGGCAGUACUGGAUAGUUUGAGGGGACCUGGUGUUGAUGGGGUCUCUGGUGAUCCUUUAUCCAAACUCCCACUACCUCACAAGUUGGCCAUUCUGGCCACAAUGGACGAGAUACGAUGGCUGUUGGAGGAUGAAAUAGUUACUGCUCUGCGUCACUCUCGGGUCAUCUGUUUGGCCACACUGCAAAAAGUAGCAGAUCAUGUUUUGCGCUCCAGUGGUCGACCACACUGUCACUGUGAAGACGUUCCACUUCAGUUUGUUUUUGGACCUGAACAGUCUUUGGAGAAAUUUAAAGAGGAAUUUCGCAGAAUGUCAUUCUCUGGCCACUUGCUGAAGGAAGAACAGGCCAAUUUCUACUACCUGUCCCAGAGCAGGCAGCACCUGCAGAGGAUGCAUGCUGACCAGAGCCUUUCUGACGGUACUGUAGACCCUGCACGAUGCACAGAACCUGAGGAGGUGAUGCUGGAGAACGAAGCAGAGGAAAACUGUGAGAGUGAAGACAAGAAGACCAUUAGUGUUACAAACACUCCUAGUGAAACAACUGCAGACGUUACUGGGUCAAUCAGAGCUGUAAACGCUGAGGCUAAUGAAUCUGUUUCUCAGAGCUCAGUAAACAUAGUUUGGGACAGAGAUAAGCUUAGUGCCCUCCAGACACAGUCUGAUCCCUACACGGAUCCCACCUCACCCCCCAAAACGCCGUCCAGCAUCAGCUUGGCAGAAUCCUCACAGUCAGUCUUUCACAGUUGUGGCAAACUCAGACCAAGUCGAGUUCAGAGUGUCGUCUCGAGCCAGGGCAGUCUGGACUCAGACAUGCAAGGUUAUGAUGGUGGCAGCAGUGACUCUGAGUGUGAGAGCCCCUCCCUGGAUGAACAAGAGUGCCGGUCACCAUUAAUGCCAGACUUCUGGCUGAUUGUUAAGAUCCACCAGGACAGAGUCACUGUCUACUCCCACUCCAGGUGUUUUUCAGAAGGAGAUGUUAGUGCUGAAGGUUUGGAGAACAUGCAGGAAGAGAAGGACAUUCCUGAAUAUUUACAACUGCACCAAAUGGUGGUCAGAAAGAUUGGGGAAAUCUGCAGAAUAGUAAAUCAGCGUAUGCUGCUUCAGGAUCUACAUGACAGUCAUGUGUGUAACUCUCUGCUGGUGGCGGAGAGUGAAGAAGACAUUUGGAAAAACGAGUCUCACUACAGGCAGAGAGCCAACACCUCUGAUGAUUACAACAGUGAGGAGAGUUACCAAGCCAGAGACUAUCUGGCAGCCACCAUGCAAUUCAUUCCUGGACAUUUUGCCUGUAACGAGGUUUGGCGCACAACCAUCCACAUCCACCCACGCCUCAAGAUGGGACCCAACAUGGGCGUGGCCAGGGCAAUCCAGGCCCUGCGCUCGGUUUUGAACUCUUUCUGUGUGGUCAACAGAAAAAACAUGUUUGUCUAUCAGGAGCGUACAACCAAAUCCGUUUUCUACCUCAGACUUUGUGAAACCUCACUAACUGGCAAGUACUCUGAUGUGGAUGCAAACCUUCAUGUGAUUCGCUCCAUUGGGCUCACCAGGAGUCAGGAGCCCUUGUUUGAGGAAUCAGCGGGACCCAGACCUUCCCUGGAGGGCUCUCGGCCAGUUGGACUGGUAGACAAGCACAUACUGCUGCUGGUCCAUGGAGUGGGAAAUGCAGGACCAGAGAUCACAGAUGAGCUGGUCAAGGUUUUGCAGAAGCGCCUGGAUGAAACCACACUGGACAUCAUUACUGUCAUGCUUCUCAGGAACUGCAAGCUGACGCCAGCUGAUGUUGAGUUCAUCCAGCCAUCAGGAUCCCUGGCCACCGAUGUGAUGAACUACAGGCUUCCCCUGUCCUGUGUCUUUUUGAUGCCCGCUGUGGCUCACUAUCUCAGGCAGAACCUCCUCAUCUUCCUGCAUGUUCCCAAAUACACCGACAGCAAUACUGCACACCACUUUAAGCAUUACUUUCAUAUGAACAGUGACUUGGUGGACGGUGAUAUUUACCUCUAUAACAAACCUGGAGGCCAGGGCACUGGAGGCAAAGGUAUCGCCUGUAUCACCCUCUCAUUCGUGGAUGCCCUUGGUCUCCCUGCUCAGGUUCCAGCUCAGACUUCACAGAACUGCACCAUACCACUUCACCCAGACCGUUUUAACGAGCUGACCACUGUGGUUAAAGUAGACUUGCUCCCAGUCAGUUCAGGUACAGAUCCACAUCUAUAUGUGCGCUUUGACAUCUGGGAACAAGGCAACGUUAGCCCCUUACAGCUGAGCGACAAACUGCAGGGGGCUCUGCGCCAUGCUCUGUGCGACGUUGUCAUGGAACUGAGGGUUUUGCCCCAUCCUCUGUGUGUCGGUGGGCUGUGGCCAGUAACCAGUGCUCAAACAGAAGAGGCCAAAGGCCUGAUUUCGCCUGAGGUGAAGGAAGUCAAGGACAGCCCCAGGCAGCGCAGUGGCUCACGGGUUCUCAAAUCCAGCCCUGCUCCUAUGACCUUACCCCAAGCUGUUGGAAGUUCCUCACUGACGGGGGCCAGCACACCAGACUCCACCACACCGACUGGCAAGAGCACCCGCCGCAGCUUCUGGGACAUACUUAGUAAACCAGAUGCAACAGAGCUUGGGAGCCCAAAAACAACAGACGACAUAGUGCAAGAGCGAGGAGAGGAGGGCAGAGUGGCACGGCGGCGACACAAGACAGAGACCAUAAAGCAGCAGUGGAACCACGAGAAGACAAUGGCUGUGGAGCUGGAGCAAGCACAGAGGAGGCAGGCGUCUCAGAUGGAGGAAGGAGAUGUGGGCACUCUGCACCCAGUCUACCAUGUCACCUGCCUGCCGUGGAUCACUUUCAUGGCUAAACAUGGCUGCCCUUCCAUUCAGCAGUGUACAGCAGACAUUGCGUCGCACUUCCUGCUACCCUCCAUUUUGGCAGAGAUCAUGAGUUUGGUCGGUUCUUUGGCCAGUGACACGACUGUGAAGGCAUUUGGGAAGACAAACUGCCUCCAAUCUGGAGAUGUUUUCAUACCAUUCCGUGUGGUCCAGAACAUCACCCAGCCACCGGACGCCACAAGGAGCUUCAUUCUCAUUGGUCGCAACUUUCACCAGUGGCAUUGUAGCACAGAGCAAGAGGACAGUUCAGAUGAGGAAAACGCCACAGUUCUAAAUAGGUUCACAUCUCAUAAGGGCUUCCAGCGCUUUGAGUCUUUGGAGCAGAGUGAGUGGUGCAGUUCCACUCCGGUCAGGACAGGACUGGCUCCCCGCCAAAGGUUUCUCUUCAUCAGUAUCCUGGAUAAGAAGGUGACUCUCUACAGCUACAACUGGUCUGUAGACCUGGGCACCUCACUGAACCGUGGCCUGGUUCGUCUUGUUCAGUGGCAGAAUGCAAGAGCUCACGUUGUACACUGCCUGCUCAGCCAGAAGAUGGGGCUUUUUCAUCAUUUUUGCUUCUCUGAUGCACCUAUCCAUGAAAUGGACACUAAGGAUCCCAAUCCAUUCCUUAACCCUUCUAUAGAGCCUGAUGCAUUAUUGCGUAGUGCACUUCCUCCGCUGCACAGUAAGGAGCAGGGCAGACUUGGAAGCUCUAGUAGAAGUCUUGCUCCUCUUCACUUCCCAUCUGAGCUACUUCCCUUUGAUGAGGCUCUGAGGGAUGUGUGCACCAUCCAACCCCUUAUGGAUGGAGAUGUGGUAGCUCGUCAUGGUGGCCAACUCCUGGAGAUCAAAGCUUUCGAACGCAGAGAACUGGAGAAACAGAUGAAGAUAGAGAACCUGUUUGUGACUUGGCAGCAGAGGUCAGCCCAGUCCAACAUGCCUAUUUCAGGAACAGAUUUGGAGAUCCUGAAGCAGUCAUCCCGACUGGUCCACUACUGCGCUACCCCUCUUUUCUUCGACCCUGUCCUGCGAAAGCAGAUUCAAGAGGAACAGGUGAUUCAGCCUCUAGUGAAGAAACGACACCGAUCCAAUGACUCCACAACAUCAGGCUGGGACCGAAGCUACAGUACAGACUCAGGAGAGAUUCUGCCCAGUCGACUGAAAGAAGAACCUUGGCUGCUUGAGAUUUCUAGCACCUUCCUCCAGCAGUAUGUCCAGUACCUACAGAGCAUGGGCUUCAUUUUGGUCCAGGUCAGACCUCAGUCUCCAGCCCGCAGCGUUGCCCGAGCUCGUGCUGCCAUGCUGAGCUCUAUGUCAUCAGAAGGAAGGAUGUCUUUUUCCUAUGUAAAACAGAAGAGCGAGGACAGCCCUAAGACGACAGCAUCUGGCUCUAUUGCAUAUCACCUUCAGAGGGCGCUGCCAGGGGGCAUUGUCUUAAUGGAACUAGCUUUUCAGGGCUGUUACUUUUGUGUGAAGCAAUAUGCACUAGAGUGUUCCCGCAUUCCCAUGGGUCAGACCGUCAACUCCCAGGGCAGCCUCCUCACCAAACCUCGUUGCAAGCCGUUCCCAGACGCCUCCCCAGUAUCUGACUGUGCGCUCUCCAUGCUCUUCACUGAGGAGUGUGACAAGGUGCGGGACCUGAUGCACGUUCAUUCCUUUAGCUACGACUUCCAUUUGCGUGUGGUUCAUCAGUACUUGGUUGGCUGCCAUAUGACCCUUCGCCAGGGCUAUCAGCUCACCGACUUCCUGGAUGACUUCAUCUCCCAUCACCCAGACAUUCCUAAGUUUGGCCAGAACCACGUCUUCCAAGGGAGCUUUUCCAUUAAUACGGGGAUGAUAACCGCUCACCAGCUCUAUAACUACAUCACUGACCAUGCUGGCACCUAUGGCAUGAAACCAGUGCGCAUGUCAAGGACAAUGUUAGGCAUUGAAAACAAGAAAGGAAUGCCUGACCUGCACGAGUACGCUCUGGUGGCCCUCUGGAACAACUCAGGGUCUUACAAGGAUCUGGAGGGUCUGCACCACCAUGAUGACUUUGAUGUGUCUUUGGUGGUGUGUCAUAAUGCUGCUCCGUUCGAGGAGCAGUCGGAUGGAGAGAGACAUUUACUGGGGUUGCGGUUCUAUGUGAUCAUGACGAGUCAGAGGGAGCUCUUUCCACGCCUCACUGCUGACAUGCGCCGUUUUAAGAAGCUUCCCCACAUCUGUCGUGAUCCAGCUGAAGCAGGUGGUCGGAUGCCAUCAGAGCACUUAGAGCCUUCUGGAGUACAUGGUGCUGAGCAGGACUCCUGGGAGGAAGCUGAAACCUCCUCUGUUCACAGCGAUGGUAAUGAGUUCUACCCUCUGGUGGGCGGUGGCGCAGGUGCACAGGGGCUCUUCUACUCCUCCCCCCUGUUCCCUCUGCUCAACAAUGAGGUUGCCUCAGCCCGCAGACAAAUACAGACUACUGUGGAGCAGGCAAUGGGUCACUGCCGCAGGGACAACCUGUGGCGGAGGCUUUUCCACGGAGAAAACCUGGCCCUGGACAAACUGAAGCUGACCAAGCUGUCAUUCAGUGAGCUGGAGGAGCUGCUGGAGGCUGUGCAGAGCCGCUCGGUUGGGGAGAUAGACCCACAACUGGACUGCUUCCUCACCAUGAGUCCAGCCUGGUAUCAGAGUCUGAUUAAAGUCUUGCUGAGCCGCUUCCAACAGAGCUGCAGACACUUCGACAGCAAUGGCAUCCAGUACCUGGCUGUCCUGAACCAGAAGUUCACUGAUUGUUUUGUUUUGGUUUUUCUGGACACCCCAGCUGGAAAAACAGGUCUGAAGGUUGUGUUUCGGGAGCCCCUCCCAUCAGCCGUGCUGCCCAGCAGCGGUCCUCCUCCUCAGCUGGUGUCCAUGUAUCAUCACCUGGAGUCUAUCAUAAACACUGCCUGCUACAAUCUGUGGACUGGGCUCCUGUAGAGCUGAUCAGAUAUGCUCCACUAACAGCAUUAACCCUCUGAUGAGUCUGCUGAUGGCUGCUAUUAUUGGUUGCAUGUAUCAUACUCUCAUUAUAUAGGAUUGGCUGUGUGAGACCGUGUUUCAGUACUGGCCAGUGAUUUUCCCUGUGAACACAGUGGCAUUAUGACACUGAACUGAAUGAUUAGGAGCCAGCUUACUUUGAAAACAAUGGGCUGAUACAUAGCGACGUGAGGUGUCAGUAAUGAACAACUCACAUCUCUCGAUACUAUAAUGUGAUAUUUAUAAUAGUUCAUGCAUUGAUUAUUGAGCAGCCUGAGUUUUAGCUCCUAUCUCAGACCUGUAGCACAGAACAUCACACACAAGGGAAAUAUAUGCAAGUAUAAAACAUGAGUGUGAUGAUUAACCUGCUUCCACAUUGUGGUUUAAUCCUGGUGUGGGGGAUCUUGUGCCUUCUGACAGUUCCUCAUACCACAUCAAUGUUUUGAGGGAAAGAAGUCAGGUGUUCAACCCCACUGCCAUCUAUCUGAAGUGCCUUCCUUCCUUGAGAAGUACAGCUGCUGUCAUUUUCAUUAUCCUAAAGUUCCUCAGUAAAAGUGCCUGAGUCAGAAAUGUGACAUGAGGUUGAGUUUAUGUGAUCAGUGCUGCUGUUGAAUCUGACUGGGUUGUGUAUUGUAAGCCACCCUCAAACAUGACAGCAGCACCUUCACUGAUGACGUCCAGCCUUAAACGUCUUAACUGAUUCUCACAGAAUUCAGUGUCAGUCAGUCAAUGGGGUCCUGGGUUAGGAUUCUGUCAGCAAGAACACUGUGAACUUUCCAAGUGAGUCUGGAAUAUUUUGACACUGUACAUUAAAAGCAGCACUGUCUCUAGCUGUAUAAUGUAAUUAUGUAUAUACAGAAGACUUUAUACAGUGUGUGAAAUGCUAAAUAAACCAGUAGGAAAAAAAAUUGCGUGACAUGGAUUCUUUAUAAAGACGGAUGAAUCAAAGUAAAUUUUACUUUAUGACUAAAGUCUUGUUUUAUGUAAUGCAAAACUGAAGGUUUUAUUUGGACCUUAUUUUAUGAAAAUGAGUAAAGAAAUGUUGAAGUAUUGGAACCUUACAAAAUAAAAGUUAAGUAAAAUCAUUCUAAUAGUAAUUAUCAACAGUU